CAAAUCAGCAGUGGCACUGCAGAGACGUACACCGCUCGCCUCAAAAGUUGUUAACAAGCAAUACAAAAAAUUAAUAAAGUGACCGAAAUUCGAGUCGAAUUGAGUUGCAUUGUGAAAUGCAGAAACGAAGAUAAAGUGGUAAACAGAACAAUUAGAAACUUCUGGAAUAACGAGAAAGAGAAGUCAAAAGGAACUGUGUUGAUUGGAAAACCGAAUAGUUUUUUUUUUGUAUCGAAUUUUUUUUGAUUGUGCUUGCCGUGUGCAUUAAAAACAAUAACAACAAGAAGAAGAAGCAAAACAGCAACAAAAUGGCUUUCAUGAUGCCAGUGAUGAAGAACAACUACGAUAUCUACAAGGAUACGCGUGGACGCUCGCGCAAAACAUCCGAGUGCUCCAAUGCGAGUAGCAGCAACAACGGAACCACAACGCUGGCCACCGCUUUGGGUACACCUGCUGGUGGUGCUGGUCAGUCGUCGUCGUCGUCGCAUCAGCAGCGGCGUCGCAAGGUGUCCGAAUGCAAAUCGGAGAGUUUUGCAGUGUCGCCGUCGCAUGGACAGUUGGGGGGCGGUCAUAGGAUGCAGAUGCAGCGUUGCCACAGUUCGCGAGGGUUUACGCGGAACGCGUCACGCAGCUCGCAUAACGGUUCCAUGCUGCAAAUGCAAAUGGUGUCGCCAACGCGUUCCAGUCCGCCCAGCCGGACACAGACCGCCUCUGCGCUGGAACGUCAGGCCGCUGCGCAUGUUGCAGCGCAGUCGGCAGCGGCGCAACAGCAGCAGCAGCAACGAUCGGAGCAGAGCAGCAACGAUUAUACCAAAUUUCAUUUGCGUCUGGUUGACAAAUUGCGCAAGUCCUUUCGCAAGGACAGCGGCAAGCGGUCAUGAGA